UAGAAUAAAAUACAAAAGUUAAAACCCUAAAACUAAAGCACCGUGGCGCCGCCGCCGUCUACUCCUCCUCCGCUCGCCGUAGUAACUUCUCCAGACCAAAAGGGUUAAGUCCUAACCUCUACCCUGCCCCUCCACCAUACAACAAUUGUUGUUUAUUUCGCAGAAAUCGAAUAAGUUGCUAAGAAAUGGCGGUGAAAAGUGAAACCAACGAUUUGUCUUCGGAGAUGGAGCUAGAUGCCUAUAGACGCCUUUUUCCUCUGCGCUUCCAUGAGCGUCAUCUUUCUGAAUCAAUAAGGCCUGAUGGCCGGCCGCUCGGGAAAGCUAGGGACACAACAAUCGUGCUUGGGGCUGUUGCAUCUGCUAAUGGAUCAGCUCUCGUAAAGAUUGGUUGCACUACCAUGUUGGCUGCCAUUAAAAUGGAAGUCAUGACUCCAACUGCUGAAGCACCUGACGAAGGAUGUGUAGCACUCGAGUUCCACAUGCCUCCAAUUUGUUCUCCGCUGGUUCGUCCUGGCAGGCCAGCUGAUGUAGCUCCAGUAAUAUCAAAGCAAUUGUCGGACACCAUUUCAAGUUCCGGCAUGAUAGAUCUGAAAGAACUAUGUUUGGUUAGCGGCAAAGCUGCUUGGAUGGCUUACCUGGAUAUAUACUGUUUGGAUGCGGACGGUGCCCUGUUUGAUGCUGCAUUGCUUUCUGCAGCAGCAGCUUUUUCGCACUUGCAGAUUCCCGUAGUGUCUCUUAAUGAUGACGGGAGGAUUGUUCUUGUACCUGAGGACAACGCAGGAUCGAUGAAAGAGAAGGAGCCCGUCAAUAAAGAGAAAAUAAAACUCAAGAUGAAGAAUGUGCCGUUCGCCUUAACAUGCAUACUUCACAAAAACUACAUUCUAGCAGAUCCCACAUCCGAGGAGGAGUCGAUCAUGGAAACAUUUCUGACAGUUGUGCUGGAUUCAUCUUCUCGCCUCGUGUCUCUUAAUAAGCCCGGUGGACCUGGCCUGGCACAAACAUCUAUGAUCCAGGAUUGCAUUAAAUUAACCGAGCAACGAGCAAAAGAACUUGAAAGGAUUCUGAACGAGUCAAUUUCUGAUAUGGAAGUCGAGUGAUGGAUUCGUUUACCGAAAAGAUGAAAUACCCCAUGAAGCUUCGAGUUUUAUGUUCGCUGCACAGGUAACUUUUUUGCCUGUUUAUUUUACAUCUCCUUCGGUCCUAAUGCUCCUUAGGUUAAUUACAUGAACAUAUACAGAUUGGUAUAGUUGAUUUAGUCUAAUUUGAACAUGUUGAUGCUUAAACGAUUUUGAGUAGAGUUGUUAACGAGUCAAAUUCAGUUCGAAUCUUUGUUGCUUAACUUUGUUUGCUAAUUACGUUCUGUUUAUAUAUAGAGAGGUAUUUUGAAUUUUGGAAAAAUUUUGAAAAUAGUAAAAUGUCGAUAUUUGUUGUGAUAUUUUGUGAGAAGAAAGAUAUAUGUAGAGCUGUCAAAAAUUGACCCGACACGACAACCCAACACUACCGGACACGAAAUAAUUGGGUUUGGGUCAAAGUUUUCAACCCGAUUAUGUAUACGGAUUGACACGAAUUCGACACGAU